CUGCAGUGCAACCGAGCUUACGUUCUCCGGUUAUUCUUUAUUAUUGUUGUCAUUGGUACACCGCACAUCUGCCUGAUCAUGUCGACUUCCCAUUGGUUGUCUUUCGCAGUACUUCCGUCCGUUUGGCCAGUUUGAUUGGUCGACGCCGCUCUCUUUUCCUCUUCUUCCCGGUGGUGGGUCUGAGCCGCUGUGUCCCGGGUCUGGCAUGUUCUUAGCCAAAUUCUCCACGGUGUAAAAUUGGACCCCCCCCCCCCUUUUCACAAAACCAAAAAAAAACAUUAAAUUCCCCCCCGGCUCUGAAGAUGGCGGUGGUUAGCGGGAUGUCGGGGUCUGUAGCCCGACUGGAGGGCCGAGAAUUCGAGUAUCUGAUGAAGAAAAGGUCGGUGACCAUCGGCCGGAACUCUUCGCAGGGUUCGGUGGACGUCAGCAUGGGACACUCCAGCUUCAUCUCCCGGCGGCACAUCGAGAUAUUCACCGCGGGAGAAGACGGCACCGGCACGGGGGAGUUCUAUCUGCGGUGCCUCGGGAAAAACGGGGUGUUUGUUGAUGGGGUGUUCCAAAGGAGAGGGGCGCCUCCUCUCCAGCUCCCCCGAAUGUGUUGUUUCCGGUUUCCCAGCACAACUAUAAAGAUCACGUUCACAGUCCUAUCCAAUGAAAGGAAGGAGCCCAGGAACGUGCCAGAAUCACCAGUUAAACCUAUCCAACCCCAAAUCUCCCCACUGACCAUCAACAUUCCUGACAACAUUGCCCACCUCAUAAGCCCCCAGCCUUCCCCAACGGGCACCCUCAGUGCGGCAAACUCCUGUCCAUCAAGUCCACGGGGAGCGGGCUUCUCCAGCUACAGGCCGAGCCGUGUUCUGGCCUCGGACUUGAUAGGCGACAACUCCCAAUCAGAAAAUGACAAGGAGGCCUCCGGUGGAGACAGCCCAAAGGACGACUCCAAACCUCCAUAUUCGUAUGCACAGCUGAUAGUCCAAGCUAUCACUAUGGCCGCAGAUAAACAGCUGACUCUGAAUGGAAUAUACACCCACAUCACCAAGAACUACCCCUACUACAGAACAGCUGAUAAAGGCUGGCAGGUCAGACUCUUCACUCUGCAUGUCUAA